UACGAAUCAAUGAACGUGUACGAAUUAAUGACCCUGACUAGAUGGCCCGCCACUAGUCAGACGGUCGGUUUUGUAGACCUGACGAGUAGUGUAGACCACCUCACCAGCCUCCUCUCCAUACUUCCCUCGAGGCUCCACAGAUUCUCAUGAAAAGAGCAACGUUCAACCAAGCUUUUGCCAACCCCCGCUUGAUCUGCACGUCCACCUGGGGCACGCUGGGGAAGAAAGCAGGGUCUCCGCGUGCAGCAGAGUUGGGGGAAACAGACAGGAACCGACCUCCAAUCCCCAACGGGUAGUCAACACUUGGCAUGUCGUUGUCAUUAUCAGCAGUGUUAUCGUGAUUCGAGCAUUCUGGCUCGGCUUGUAGUCUCAGUUUCACCUUUGUUGACAUUUGAGGCUUUUCAUCGUACAGUCCAUUGUCACAUAUCCAUUGGAAGACGGAAAAAAAAACACCAAAUCACAACCAUCACAAUGCUCGUCAGGGACCUGAGGCGUCUCCGCCUCAUCAUCGGUCCCUUCCUCUGCUUCUUCUUCAUCACCCUCGCCAUCUGGGGGUUCCCUUCUCUAGCCGGGACCGGGACCGGGACAAAAGUAACCUCCAUCCUCAACGACACUUUUGGUUCCGACGGCAGCGGCUCAUCAAGGAACCAAGUGCCCUACCACGGCGGCGGCAGCAGUUCCUCAUCAAAAGAUGCCUCCAAGUCCUCCUCCCCGUCGGCAGCAAACGGCGGCAUCGCCCCGAGCCUCAAAGAAGGAACACACCAAACAAUCUCCUCAGUCUCCACCGCCAACGGCUCCUACUUCCGCAUCCAAUUCGCCGAAAACACACCCGCUUUCAAUCCGAACAUUAUCCCCCAUCCUACUCGUCCGGGAGUGUACAUCGUGGCGGCUCAAAAAUGGCAUCGGCCUCGAAAACCAUCCCCUGACUCUCCUGACACCAAUGAAACUACCGGGAAAAUGAAGUUUCAGCACGUAACAAUGCAAUCAGCACUGCACUGUCUCGCCUCCUUCCACCCCAAAACCAACGUCCUCUCCUGUCUACCGCAGUCUCCUCCCCUACCGCUGCCGAUAGCAGCAACACCAGGAAAUAAUUGCGUCGGUCCCCUCUUGGGGGUACUAUCAUUCAACGUCGGCCCGCACGAUGCUCGCGUUUUCUACGGCGGGGAUGGCAAGCCGUACACGAUUUUCGGAAGCAAUUCGCAGUUUACCUGCUUCGGCAUGUGGAUGCAGGAUUUCAGGGUGUUGGUGGAGUGGUGGGGGGUGGAGGUGGAGGCAUUUGGAGCGGGGGAGGGGUGGAGGGUUGCGGGGGAAUUGCAGAGGCCUAUGAUCAUAGGGACGAGUGAUGGUGAUGGGAAGGGAACGGGAGCGGGAGAGGGAGCGGGGGUGAAGGGCAACGGGGAGUUGAGGGCGGCUGGUGAGGAUAAGGGGCUCGAGGAGAAGGAUGAGGAGAAGCCAAAGAUUGCGCCGGAGGGAUGGGGAGAGGUGGAGAAGAAUUGGUUUGUCUUUUGGGCUCCUCCUCCCCUCAGCUCUGGCUCUUCCGACUCCGACUCCGACUCCUCCCCAGAAUCCUCCCAUCACAAACCCCAAGUUCAACAACCCCAAGUUCAACAACCCCAAACCUACAUCCACUACGACUUCUUCCCCCACCGCUCCUUCGCCCUCCUCCACGACGACGGUUCCGCCACCGCCAUUGCCUCUUCUUCCAUCUCCGCUGCCGCCGACGAGAAAUGCCUCUCCCAUUUCUUACCUCCUCUCCCCCCCGACGAGCCAGUCUCAAUCCACCAAUCCACCAACAGCCUCCGUCUAACUCUCUGCAACCGCUCCGAUCCUUUAUGCGUGGUGACGGAGGAAAACACGUUCACCCUGACGAUUAUUCAAUACAAGCGGUUUUACCACUUCCAUUCGGAGUAUGAGCCUUAUGUGGUUUUGUUUAGUCAGAAGGCGCCGGGGUUUGAAGUGUUUGGUAUUUCGCGAAAGCCGCUUUGGAUCGAGGGGCGGAAGCGAUGGGCGGCGGGUCAGUGGAAGGGCGAGGAAGGGACUAGGGGGGAGGGACAGGAAGGACAGGACGGACAAGAAAGAACGGAGAUGUUUUAUGUGACCAGCGUCAAUUGGCGCGACUACCACAGAGACGAGGAUGGGGCGGGGUAUCAUGGUUAUCUGGAUGAUGUUCUUAUCAUCGAGUUUGGCGUUGAGGAUAAGGAGUCGGGGGGCAUUGAUGUGUUGGCUGGGGAGUUGGCGAAGGGGAUCGGCCUUUGCUCGGAGGUUGUGGGCAAGGAUGACGACUCGAAGACGACGGUUUCGGUGUCGGGUGGUGAGAAGCAAGUUGAUACCGUUGAAUAUGGAGUCUCCUCGCCUGCGAACGAUGCGUUGGUACCGAAUCUUGGAUUGGGACCGCAAGGGGAGAACGGUCCUCCGUCGCCACCGCAGGAGCCACAGCAGCCGUUGGAUUUGACCGGGUCUGAUGGAUUCCCGGCUCAGGACAUCCCACAGGACAUCCCUGCUGACUUUCCAGCCGAUUUCCCGAAAGAUUUCCCCGCUGCUGAUCCGGCUCCGGCUCCGGAAGCGGUGCAAGCUGAUUUCGGCUUGGGACCGGGAGUGCAACUGGACACUCCACCUGCACAACCUCAGGCCGGGUCGCUCCUGAAGAAGAGACGGCGGAGGAUGACGAACGAAAUCUGAUCGGACACACGAUACGGAUUGCGCCUCAAUCAUGUCGGGUCCCAGAUGGUCGGGAUUGCGGCGUUGACCGUUGACCGUUGACCGUUCCUGCCACAGACGGCGAAACACACAGAUCGCAAUCGCUCAGUCGGGAAGGAGCAUCCGGGACAAGACAUUACCGGCGCCGAAAAAAGCUACCAUCCCGAGACGACGGACACAGAAACAGCAGACACAAACAUUUCUUUUGGCAAUCGCGAU